AUGUUGUCAUCUUUUCGUAACCAAAUAAGAAGUUCCGCUUCAAAAAGAUUUUUGUCUUCUUCUAGUGUUAGAUCUCAAGUUAUUGGUUCUAACGUUAAAGGUCAAGACUUUAACGCUGCCAAAUACAUGAGCCAAAAGUACCAUGUUAUCGAUCAUGAAUAUGAUUGUGUUGUUUUGGGUGCUGGUGGUGCAGGUUUAAGAGCUGCAUUCGGUUUAGUUUCUGAAGGUUUUAAAACUGCUUGUAUUUCCAAAUUAUUCCCAACCAGAUCUCAUACUGUUGCUGCUCAAGGUGGUAUUAAUGCUGCUUUAGGUAACAUGCAUCCAGAUGACUGGCAUUGGCAUUUCUACGAUACCGUUAAAGGUUCAGAUUGGUUGGGUGAUCAAGAUGCCAUUCACUAUAUGACCAAAGAAGCCCCUGCUUCUAUUUACGAAUUGGAACAUUAUGGUGUUCCAUUUUCCAGAAAUGAAGAAGGUAGAAUUUAUCAAAGAGCUUUUGGUGGUCAAUCCAAAGAAUUUGGUAAAGGUGGUCAAGCUUACAGAACUUGUGCUGUUGCCGAUAGAACUGGUCACGCCUUGUUGCACUCCUUGUACGGUCAAUCUUUGAGACACGAUUGUCAUUUCUUCAUUGAAUUUUUUGGUUUAGAUUUGAUGAUGAAAGAUGGUACUUGUAUUGGUGUUAUUGCUUACAACCAAGAAGAUGGUACUUUGCAUAGAUUCUUUGCCAACAGAACCGUUAUUGCCACUGGUGGUUAUGGUAGAGCUUACUUCUCAUGUACUUCUGCUCACACCUGUACUGGUGAUGGUUACGCUAUGGUUUCCAGAGCUGGAUUGCCAUUAGAAGAUUUGGAAUUCGUCCAAUUCCACCCAUCUGGUAUCUAUGGUUCAGGUUGUCUUAUCACUGAAGGUGCUAGAGGUGAAGGUGGUUUCUUGAUCAACUCUGAAGGUGAAAGAUUCAUGGAAAGAUAUGCCCCAUCUGCCAAGGAUUUGGCCUCUAGAGAUGUUGUUUCUAGAGCCAUUACUAUGGAAAUCAACGAAGGCAGAGGUGUUGGUCCAGAAAAAGAUCACAUGUACUUGCAAUUGAGUCAUAUUCCUGCUGCUGUCUUGAAGGAAAGAUUGCCAGGUAUUUCUGAAACUGCCCACAUUUUCGCUGGUGUUGAUGUCACCAAAGAACCAAUCCCAAUUUUACCAACUGUUCAUUACAAUAUGGGUGGUAUCCCAACUAACUGGCAAGGUGAAGUUUUGAAGAAGGGUCCAGAUGGUAAAGACGAAGUUGUUCCAGGUUUGUUGGCUUGUGGUGAAUCUGCAUGUGCUUCAGUUCAUGGUGCUAACAGAUUGGGUGCCAACUCUUUGUUAGAUUUGGUUGUUUUCGGUAGAGCUGUCGCUCACACUGUUAAAGGUAACUUGAAGCCAGGUACUCCAAUUCCAGACCAUCCAAAGGAUAUUGGUUACGAAUCUAUUGCUAACUUGGAUAAAUUGAGAAAUGCUAGCGGUUCUAGACCAACUGCUGAUAUCAGAUUGGACAUGCAAAAGACUAUGCAAAAGGGUUGUGCUGUUUUCAGAACUCAAGACACUUUGGAUCAAUGUGUGGAACAUAUUGCUGAAAUUGACAAGAGCUUUGAAGAUGUUAAAACUACUGACCGUUCUAUGAUCUGGAACUCUGAUUUGGUUGAAACUUUGGAAUUGCAAAACUUGUUGACUUGUGCUACUCAAACUGCUGUUUCUGCCGCUGCUAGAAAAGAAUCUAGAGGUGCUCAUUCCCGUGACGAUUUCCCAGACAGAGAUGAUGUCAACUGGAGAAAACACACUUUUGUCUUACCAAGACAAAUUUGGUGCUCCAGUUAA